UUAUUAACGCAUGCGUGUCCCUCGUUGACUGUGUUAUUGUUUAGAAAUCUGCUCUGAUCUGCUCGUCGAGAAGGUUGGAUUGAUUCCGAUGUACGCGCCGUAAUUAACGCACGUGGACGUUUUCUGCACUGCACGUUGAUAAUAUCGAUCAGCUGGACGAUUUGACAAAGUUUAACCUGUCAAGCCAACCGGCAAUUUAUCACCGGCUUCCCGACUGGCGGACGACUGGCAAAUGUUGCACGCGACUCGAGCCUCAGCCUCAGCUCUCCUGACCGUGUUGAUGCUACUUUGCAUAGCGAGGAGUAUCCGUGCCCAGGUUUAUCAGAACAUGUCAAGUUUCGCCGGAGUGCAUUCUGUGGCCUACGUCACGGUGCCGGACGACGCAGUUGCGAAGAGAUUAGCGCGCGGUCUGGUUGAGAAUAAGCUCGCUGCCUGCGUUAAUAUCAUCCCGCAACUCACCUCUAUUUUCGAGGAAGAAUUUCAAUAUUAUAUCUCUUCUCUCAUUCACAGAUAUGAAUGGGAAGGAAAGAUUCAGGAGGAGCCUGAACUUCUGUUGAUGAUAAAAACCAGAACGGAGAAAAUAGACGCUCUAACAAAAUAUGUCAAAGAGAAUCAUCCAUAUACAGUUUGUGAAGUAAUUUCUUUGCCCAUACAAAAUGGAAACAGCGAUUACCUAAAGUGGAUUAGCGAUGUGGUGCCACCACUUGAUAAAAAUGCUUAAGAUAAUUAAGAUAUAUAAGUAUGAAUGAUCGAUAAUUCAUCAGUAAAUUCAUUACUUCACGCAUAUUUCUUCUUCAAGCUGAGUUAAGAAUAAAAACCUAGUUGUAACAUACAUGCAAUAAACAAUCUAGAGAACGUGAGAGAUUUGCAUUUGCAAAUUCUUCAUUUACAUUAGAAUAUGUUAAUUAUUACAGUGAAUUCGAUUGGACGCCCUAGUGCGCACUCAGGACACAUUAAUACCGUUAUACAACGUUCUAAUUUCAAUGUAAAAGUAUCUAAAAUAAUAAAAUGCUCAAUACAUAUUUUACAAAAUAA